AUGCCCUUCGACUUUAAAGCCUAUGAUCAAAAAUGCCAGGGUCUUACUCUGGAAGAACUUCAGCGAGAAUGGGAGCACUACACCCGCUUAAUUUCAGGCGCUGCUACUUCCACUGCCGUAUCGGGUUGCGCCAUCCCAUUGACUCUCGGCGUCUCGACAAUCGGCGUCGCAAUGGCCGCACCAGCAAUCCACAACGCGCGCAAAAAACGUGAAAUUAUCGAACGUCACCUCAAUCGCCUCAACGCAACGGAUCAUACUCGAAAGCGAGAUGUUCUUGGCAGUAUGGCUGUCAGCGGGACAAUCGGUGUGGUGACUCUCGGUGUUGGAACAAUGGGCGCUGAUGCUGUAGCUACAGCUGGAGCCGAGCAUGGGAUUCAAUCAAUUGUUGCGAACGAGACAGCUAUCAAGAUCGUUUCGCAUGCUGCGCUUGACGGCGCGGGAAUGAUGGUUGAGCAUAGGCAUACAGAUCAUUUGAAGAAGAAGGAUGCGAAGAAGGCCUUUCAGAAAGCUGGUGUUUUCCAAGCUGUUCAGGAUGCGAAGGCUGCUGAGGCUGGCUAUACUGUACAGCAGUAUCCGAAUGGUGGUCAGUAUGUCGUUACUGGCCAAUCUCAGGCUCUUCCCAUGCCACCUCCGCCUUAUAGUGCCGCUGUUGGACUGGCGCCUGUUCAAUCUUCUUAUCCUUUGACCCCGAAUGGGUAUCCUGAGGACUUCAAGUCUCAACCAAUUGCCCAGCCGGUUACAUACUUGGCACCCCAACAGACUGGACCGCAGCAAGCCUACGACUACUCCCAACAGCAACAAGUUCCAAUAUCCUAUGCGCCAUCGCGCAUGCCAUCAGCGAAUGGCCAGACUUUUUCACCACCCCAAACUCCGGCGACUCAAUAUCCUCCACAGCAACAAGCACAGCCGGUCAUCGCUUCAUACACUCCCGUCCCCACAGCGCAGCCAUUCGACAUGUCUACAAUGCAACAAGCUCUUCCAAUGACACUUGCACCUACUGCAUCUCAUCAACCACCACCUUGGCAGUAUGUCCCGAUGCCGCCUGCGCAGGAAUGUAUAGUGCAAAGCCCUUCAGCACAGAUUCCCGGAGCACCGCAAGCUGGACAUUGCCCACCAGCGGCAGUCGGAUACAUCCCACCACCACCACCAACUCCUUCCGGGUAUGCUCCAUCUGUCACAGCUCAUCCCCAGCCAACGCCACAGUUUGUUCCUGCAGGUCAAAUGUCACCACCCAUGGAGUUGUCCAGUGUUAUCCAGAGCCCUCAGCAAGUUCUGCAACAUACCGGAUACCAGCCUCCAACCCAGCCCCAAACUCACAUCCAAGCUGGAUACCUUACACCCCAAUCCUCCAGCAACUACCAAGCUCCUCUAGCCAGUGAUCUAAACAGAGGAGACUCAAUGAUCAGUACCCAAUCUUUCACUCCGCAACCAUACAACCCGCAGCAUUAUGGCCCCAUCAACCAGCAAGAGCAGGUAUAUAAUGCAUCGGCUCUACCAAUCACCAGCACACCUAUACCUGCUCCUCAAGUCAGACCUCAACCAAUGCAGUACCAAAUGCCUCCAACCCCUCUCCCAACAGGCUCAACCAUGAAUGGCUACCAAUACGACAACAAAGGUUCCUAUUUCCCAGUUGAACCUCAAACUCCACAAGCAACCGGCAGUAUCCAGAUUGCUUACCAACCUCAAUACUACCCGCCUCCAUCACCCAUGCCAGUGACGCAAUAA